CAAGUCUACGGCGCCUUCCUUCUCUGUCCCUCCUUUUCUUCUCUCUCUCUUUCCCCGACGAGUCAACUCCUCCUCCCUUCUCACACCCUGACGACCCGACCGAGUCCUGUAUCGUCGCCGUCGUCGCUCUUUCUCCGGCGAACCAUUGCUACUCCUGCAUCUUUGUCUUCUCCUGUCAAACGACCUUUAGCAGCAUCUACUAAAACUAGCUGUUUCUUUUUCUUUUCUUCUCCAGAGCUCGACUAGGAUCCACUGAUUGAAUCUUCCCCCAUGCUCCUGGAGUUGUUUUGGCCUUCCUGGAUGGACUUCUCAUCCUCAGCAUUUCAGUGACAGUGGUUGUUCCUUACUGUUUUGAGGAGUUUAUUUUCCCGCGAAUGUUCUUAAAUCCAGAUUUUGGUGCAUAUCAGAAGUAUAGAUCAAAUGCCAUCACUCAAAAUGAAAACCAAGUCAACUGUGGGCUGUUUGAAAGAAAAAAAAGGUCUCCGCAUAUGCCCAAAAUCAACCAUGAUAUCCAAGAAUUCUCUCUCUGUUUCCAAAAUUGCUCAGAAUGCUGACGAACUUCAGACUAUUAUUCAACAUACUCACGAUGUUUGUUCGUGUGACGAAAAACGUUCUCAUGAUAGCGAAGCAAGCGAUGCUGACCAUGGGGAAUCAUUCAAUGGAGAACUCCUUCAAAAGCAGUAUAUGCCUUUCAUUGAUUCUACAGAUGUCAGUAGAAUGGAGUCUGCACCAGGAACCUGUACAAGCUCAGAGACGAUUUUCUCUCCCAUUUUAGAGUCUAUUGACAUUCAUAGUAAAUCAUAUACUGACUAUUAUGGAGGGAACAACAACCUGUAUGUGCCACAGUUGGAGACAGAAGAUAGUGAUGAUAGCAGUAAAGGUUCAUGUGAAUACCAGACCUGCAGCAUAUCAGAUUUCUUUAUAUCUGACAUGAUUUUUUCUGGGCUACCAGUUGAUGGCAACUCAGUCUUUAAUGAUAGUACAGACACUAAGUUCUUGCCUGAUUACAAAUGUGAAGAACCACUUAAUUCUUUUGAUUUGACUGAGGAAACCAUGGUAAUGCCUUAUCUUAAGAAUGCUAUGGAAAGUGGCUAUAUUCAUGAUAUCAGAACAUGUGAAGAUGCUACAAUAGAUUCUUCUGAUUCGAGCUUGUAUCUUGCUAUCCAUCAAUUGAGAUCGUGCAACCAGGAAUCUGAUAUUAAUAUUUACUCAGAUGUGGAUCAACCAGAUUCAUUUGAUCCACACAUGUUUAUAAGGAAUAUACCUGACUUGCCAGAUUUGGCUUCAGAUUUGCGGCCAACAAUACUGCCUAAGGAUAGCAAGAAAACAAAAUCUGUUACUCUUGUUCUUGACUUGGAUGAAACCCUAGUGCAUUCAACAUUGGAACACAGUGAUGAUGCUGAUUUCACCUUUCCAGUGUUUUUCAAUAUGAAAGAGCAUACAGUGUAUGUGAAACAGAGGCCUCACCUGCGGACAUUCCUGGAGAGAGUUUCUGAGAUGUUUGAAAUUGUAGUUUUCACAGCUAGUCAGAGCAUCUAUGCGAAGCAGCUUUUGGAUAUAUUGGAUCCAGAUGGCAAGCUUAUCUCUAGACGAGCUUACCGCGAAUCCUGCAUCUUCUAUGAUGGAAGUUAUACUAAAGACUUAACUGUUUUAGGUGUUGAUCUAGCAAAAGUUGUCAUAAUUGAUAAUUCUCCUCAGGUAUUCCGCUUGCAAGUCAAUAAUGGAAUUCCCAUCAAGAGUUGGUUUGAUGACCCCUCAGACUCCGCACUAAUGUCACUACUUCCAUUCCUUGAAACACUGGUUGACACUGAUGAUGUUCGGCCUAUCAUUGCUAAGAGAUUCGGUAACAAUGAAUGAGUGCUCCUUGCACUCAUUAGUUGUUUCUUUAACAUUUCCUGUCCCUUUUAUAUCAUUUUAAGCAAAACUUUCCUUCAUUUUAGAUGCUCAUUAUUCAAUUCUCUUUGAGCAUGGAUACAAUUUUUUUUCAUACAACAGGGAUAUUUUUCCAUGUUUUGGUCAGUUUUUCUUCUCCAUAGCCCUUUGAUGACUUGGUUAGUUAAGCUGAUUUCUGGGAGAAGGUAGUUUUAAAGGUUUUCGCCUUGUCUGCAUUGUACAGUUAUAUGCUUAAAGGUUUAAAGGUUGUGUAUAUUGUUAAACUCUUUUUUUGGGGAUAUUUUAGUGAUUUUUUCUUGGCGUUUACAUCUCUUUACUACAGCUGGAAGUUGCAUACCUAAUUGUUCAAUUAAUAUUGUGCUCUAUGCUAAGUAAAACGUUCUUGAAUUUUGGGGAAGCAUGCAACAAUUUGCUUCUGGGACUAAGAUAUGUGAGUGGCAUUGACUUUACCUCAUACCGUGGAUUGAGAGAUUGUUAGAAUCUUGUCAAUUAAUAAUAGCAUUCAGGGAGUAUUUGAACCAUUAUGUAACAUGUAUGAGCCAUCGAGAUUUUUUGUUAAGUAGAAAAAGACAAUUAUGAGUUUUUAGAAAUAGGUGACUCCUGAAGAAUUUGGGGAAAUAGUUAAUCCGCAUAAUUAAAGAUGUUUUACAUUGUAAAAUUACAAAAUUCAGAAAAUACUGUUACUGGAUAAAGAAAAACAGAAAUCAAUUCAAAUUUAUAUGAUGAGUGUUAAAUUUCAAUACUGAUUUUGUGUUCUUUUUAACUGGAUAAAACUACUAGUGAUCUCUUAAUCUGGAUUGAGCUUCUUGUUUUCACAAGAUAACUUCGCAGAAUUAGAUUUAUCAAACUUGGUAGGGUGAGGAUAGAAAACGAUAGUAUUGGAUUGUUAACGUUUCUUGUUGUAUGUCUUUAAGACUGCUUUGCAUGAAUUGGUAUUUUCACUCCCUAAACCAGUUCCUCAUUCUCAUCCACCCAGGUGAUGAGAGUGGGAAAUGAACAACACCCGGGUACAUGAUUUGAAGUCACUGCAUGUGGCAGUUUAGUUGUCUGUACUAAGACUGCUAAUUGUAUAUUUUUAUGCUUUACAUCUUUGGUGAUUUUUGUGAAUGUUUUUAAAUUUCCUCCACCACAAAAAAUGGAGAAAUUGCUUCUGUUGUUAUCACUUUCAGGAUUAGGAAUAACAUGUGUAUCUCAACCUAUGUAUUUUUCUUGUUUAUAUUGACAGAAGUGGAUGAUGGUAGUUACUUA